CCCAAAAUGAUAAAUGAUUAGGGAGAGGGGCCAAUAAGAUUUGACUAGCUCUUUCGGCUCGAAUCCACCGAAUACUAUAAAAUCUGGCCUUAAACUCCGCAGAUGAACAUAUCACGACCUUAGACAACAACGUGAUGAAGUUGGCAUUGCUCGUCUUGGGUUUUUUCGUUUGCGUUAGCAAACAGGAGCGCUACAUUUGGCCAUUCCCGAUCGAUCCCAAUCACGCCGUUUACAAGCCCUUGUAUUACAGCGAUGGCCUUCCAGCUGGUUACGAUGUCAUCAAGAAAUCCGACGGAAUCCAACAGGAUGUUAUUCCGCGCAGUCCAGGAUCGUUGCUACCCUUACAGAAUCGUUUCUUCGUUAACGCAAACAGCAUUUAUCUGUUUACAACGACCACAACAAUCAAAUCAACAGUGACGUCAACAGCCACAACUGCCGCUGUCGUCAAAUGCAUUCCAUCCUCACAAUUGUCGGCCACGACCGCUUGCGCACGACGUCGACGUGAGACGGAGGAGAAAGUGCUGAUUGGCAAUGACGAUACGGCCAUUAAACCCGAUGCACCUAAACCAUUGGAAACAAGCGUUAUGGCUGAUGAUGUUCCAGCAGAUGCGCCAUCCGCAACGCUUCCUGACAUCGCAUCGUCUCAGAGAGAAUUGGAAUCAAGUGAAUUUUCAGAUCACCAACAACGAGCCGCGUUCACAACGACAGUGUCGGUUACUUCAUUAACAACGACGUUCGUGUUUGUGGCAACGUCCAUCACGUCCACCACAUCGUUGGGCAUUUCCGCUGGUUUGCUCUGCCUCCCAUCCGGAUUCAGCAUUUGCUCUUAAUUUAAAACCCAUGCAAAUUCAAUUUUUAAUUUAACUUUACUUACUUUCCUAUUAUUUACUGCUACCUCAUCCUUCGUUAAUGAAAUACAACUGUCUUUUUUUUUGUUUUAAAUAA